AUGCAAUUGAACAAAUUUAUCGGGAUUACCGACCUACAAGAUAUAGACUUCUCAUUCUGCAAUUACGCAAUGAGUAAGGCAUUGACGGAGUUCCAGGAACAUUUAAAACAAUCUCGAAGGAUUGUAGCCUUGGUGGGAGCAGGUCUCUCCGUGUCUUCGGGACUCCCCACGUUCCGAGGUGCCGAGGGACUCUGGAAGAACUUUAACAUGAUAGACCUUGCCACACCAGACGCCUUCUACAUUGACCCUGGCUUAGUUUGGCAGUUUUAUUCAUGGAGAAGACAUAACGCACUUAAGGCAAAGCCCAAUGCGGGUCACCAUGCUCUUGCACAAUUAUCCAAAGUUCCUGAUUUGGAAUUUUUAACCAUCACUCAGAAUGUAGACGGACUCCUGGCGAGAUCGGGCCACAAUAAGAACAAUCUUUAUGAGAUCCAUGGGUCAUUGUUUACUCUUAAAUGUACAAGUUUCAUGUGUAACUACAUCGAGAAGGAUAAUAUGAAGGUGCCCUUGACGCCUGCGCUCCGUGACACUGAAUUUGAAUAUCAACCGGUACGGCGGAAAAGGAGAAUGAUUGACUAUGACUCAAUAACAAUGGAACAAACAGAAGAAUUGACAGAUGAAGUGGCGAUAUCUCCACAAUUUGUCCCCGUAAAGGAGUUGAACGAAAAGGAUCUCCCACAAUGUCCAGUUUGCCAGGAUGGUUCACUUCUUCGACCUGGCGUCGUUUGGUUUGGAGAACUGCUUCCAUUACAAGAAUUGAAUGAAAUUGAUGACUUUAUGGAAGGAGGACCGGUUGAUUUGAUAUUGGUAAUAGGUACUAGCGGCACUGUAUAUCCAGCCAACAGUUAUGUGGAUCGGGUGAUGUUACAAGGAGGUAAGGCUGCAAUUUUCAACACAGACAUAGAUGACAAAAUUCUACGUGGAGAAGUAGCCAAUACAUGGGGGUUUAAAGGAGAUGGAGCAGAAUUACUCCCGUUGGCAUUAAGACCAUUAAUAGAGAAAGAUGAACAAUAG